UGACCAAACCCCCUAAACCAGCAAAACUCCUCCGCCAUGGAUUUCCUCCUACUCGAGAAAGUCCUCAUCUCCCUCUUCUUCACCAUAAUCCUCGCCAUCUCAGUCGCCAAACUACGCGGCAAACGCUACAAGCUGCCCCCUGGCCCCCUCCCAAUCCCCAUCUUCGGCAACUGGCUCCAAGUCGGCGAUGACUUGAACCACCGCAACCUCACCGACUUAGCCAAAAAGUUCGGCGACAUCUUCCUUCUCCGCAUGGGACAACGCAACCUCGUCGUCGUCUCUUCCCCGGAGCUGGCCAAAGAAGUCCUGCACACCCAGGGCGUCGAGUUCGGUUCCCGGACGAGGAACGUGGUGUUCGACAUCUUCACCGGGAAAGGACAGGACAUGGUAUUCACGGUGUACGGCGAGCACUGGCGCAAGAUGAGGAGGAUCAUGACGGUCCCUUUCUUCACCAACAAGGUCGUCCAGCAGUACAGACACGGAUGGGAGGCGGAGGUGGCCAGUGUGGUGGAGGAUGUGAGAAAGAACCCGGAGGCGGCGACCAAUGGGAUUGUUUUGAGGAAGAGAUUGCAGCUUAUGAUGUACAAUAACAUGUACAGGAUCAUGUUCGAUAGGCGAUUCGAGAGUGAGGAUGAUCCUUUGUUUGUUAAGCUCAAGGCCUUGAAUGGAGAGAGGAGUCGAUUGGCUCAGAGUUUUGAGUACAACUAUGGUGAUUUUAUCCCCAUUUUGAGGCCUUUUCUGAGAGGCUAUUUGAAGCUAUGCAAGGAAGUCAAGGAGAUGAGAUUGCAGCUUUUCAAGGACUAUUUUCUCGAGGAAAGGAAGAAGCUUGCAAGCACAAAGAGAAGUGACAACAAUGCUCUAAAAUGUGCCAUAGAUCACAUUCUUGAUGCUCAGCAGAAGGGAGAGAUUAAUGAAGAUAAUGUUCUUUACAUUGUUGAGAACAUCAACGUUGCCGCCAUUGAAACAACCUUAUGGUCAAUCGAAUGGGGCAUUGCCGAGCUCGUGAACCAUCCCGACAUCCAGCAGAAACUCCGUGGCGAGAUCGACACUGUACUAGGACCCGGUGUGCAGGUUUCCGAACCAGACCUCCACAAGCUCCCAUAUCUACAGGCUGUGAUCAAGGAGACUCUCAGGCUCCGAAUGGCCAUCCCCCUAUUAGUCCCGCACAUGAACCUCCAUGACGCGAGGCUCGGAGGCUACGAAAUCCCGGCGGAGAGCAAGAUCCUUGUGAAUGCAUGGUGGUUAGCCAACAACCCAGCACACUGGAAGAACCCGGAAGAGUUCCGGCCAGAGAGAUUCUUCGAGGAGGAAUCGAAAGUGGAAGCAAAUGGGAAUGACUUCAGGUAUCUACCGUUCGGCGUUGGAAGGAGGAGCUGUCCGGGGAUCAUUCUUGCACUGCCCAUCCUGGGGAUCACGUUGGGACGUUUGGUGCAGAACUUUGAGCUGAUGCCGCCGAAGGGACAGUCGAAGCUCGAUACAUCGGAGAAAGGGGGACAGUUCAGCUUGCAUAUUUUGAAGCACUCAACCAUUGUUGCAAAGCCUCGGCUGUUUUGAUUAACGAGUAUUUGUUGGAAAAUCUGGAUUUGAUGAUCUUUGCAUAUUGCUUGUUGGGGGUAUAAAUGUGUAAGAUGGAUGCAUGCUUGCAUUGUUUGAUAUAAAAUCAAUGUGCCAAUAAUGCUUUUA